CCCAGUGUCCCCGUGUCCCCUGGCAGUGCAAGCUGGAGCUGGUGGUGGGCUCCCCGGCCUCGUGCAUGGAGCUGGAGCUGUUCGGCGCCGAGGACGAGCCCUUGGGGACGCUGGACUGCGACGAGGCCCUGCUGGGCUCCUACCCCGUCACCGACGGCUGCCGCGUGCACGUGACCGACCGGAGCGGGGCCCGCGCCGGGCAGUUCGAGGACGUGUCACAAGUGGCCAAGUACGAGAUGGCCGAGAGCGACUACGACAAGAGGACAGAGUCCAUGCGCUCGUUCCUGCGGCAGCGCUCGUGGGGCCGCUGGGACCGGGAGCGGGAGCGGGAACGGGACCGGGAGCGGGAGCAGCGCCGGGCCCAGGAGGCGGCGGCCGCGGCCGCGCUCCCGCUCGGCUCCCGCUGCGAGGUGCGGGUGCCCGGCCAGCCCUGCCGCAGGGGCACCAUCGCCUUCGUGGGCGAGACGGAUUUUAAGCCAGGCUUUUGGGUGGGGGUGCGCUACGAUGAACCGCUGGGCAAGCACGACGGAAGCGUGGGCGGCCGCCGUUAUUUCGAGUGUCCCCCGAAGUUCGGGGCGUUCGUGCGGCCGCAGCACGUCACGGCCGGCGCCUUCCCGCCCGAGGACGACGGCCUGGACGACGAGCUCUGAGCGCCGUGCCCGGAAUUCCCGAAAUUCCCAACAUUCCCAAAAUUCCCGGAGCUUUUCCCGCUUUUUUUGGGAAAAAAAAAGAAAAAAAAUGGCCCGAAA